ACGCAUGCGUAUCUUCCCGCCAUUUUCGAAUAAACGUCAUACUCGCCCAAACUCGCGGGGAGUUUCUGUACAAUUUUCCGUUGAUUUUUUCACAUUAUGGGAGACAACAAGAAUGGUGAGCCAAUUACAGAAGCAGAGGCAGCCUUGUACGACAGGCAAAUUCGCUUAUGGGGACUAGAUGCACAGAAAAGACUAAGGGCCUCCCGUAUUCUAGUAGUUGGCCUUGCUGGUAUUGGAGCAGAAAUCUGUAAGAACCUUGUUCUCUCAGGAGUGAAAUCUCUGACCAUGCUUGACAACAAUCCAGUGACAGAAAGGGACUUUGUCUCUCAGUUCUUAGCUCCACGAGAAGCAUUGGGGAAAAACAGAGCAGAGGCAUCACUUGCAAGAACCCAGGCAUUGAACCCAAUGGUGGCAGUCAGCGCAGAUAAGAAUAACAUCACAGCCAAAGCAGACACUUUCCUAGAUGACUUUGAUGUUGUGGUUGCUACAGGGUGUUCUUCUGAUAUUCUUGCUAAUCUAGAUGAGAGGUGCAGAGCCAAGAACAUAAAAUUCUUUGCUUCUGAUGUGUUUGGUUUCUAUGGUUACAUGUUUGCAGAUCUUGGUAAACACAGAUAUGUUGAAGAGGAAAGAAAAACAAUACAUUCUGCAGAAAAGAAAGAGAAGGAACCUGCAAAGAAAAAGCAGAAAAUAGAUUCUACCGAAACCAAAACUGUAGAAAAAUUUUGUGAAUUUUCUAGUUUGAAAAAUUCACUAUCAUGCAGUUUCUCAGAAACACGUGUGAAAUCCCUGAAGCGUUUACCUUCUGUAUAUUUCAUUUUACAAGUUAUUCUUAGGUUUAGAGCAAAGCAUGGCAGAGCGCCAGAUUCUCUUCAACGAACAAGUGAUGAAAAAGAGCUGAACUGUUUAAAACAAGAAGUUAUGAGUGACCUAAACAUUAGUCAAGACCUCAUAGAUCAAGACUUUGCCUGCCAUUGCCUAUCUGAGCUAAGUCCAGUUUGUGCAAUUGUUGGUGGGGUCGUAGGCCAAGAGAUUGUUAAGGCUGUUUCAGGAAAGGAUGCACCACUGAAUAAUUUCUUCUUCUAUGAUGGAUUAGAGGGACAUGGCAUGGUGGAAUGUUUCAAGUAGCACACACAUUCUCACCGCAAGAAGUUUCACUCAGUCUCCCUGUGCGGUUGGCCAUUUUUUUCAUAGUUCAAUAGCUUUUUAUUUAAAAAAUAAAAAUAUAUGUUUUUUUGCCAGGGAGUUUUCUGUAUUAUCUUACAAAUAUUGUAAAAAAAAGUAAGGUGCACUUUCGACCCUCCAGUCCCACUCUACUAUUGCCACUACUUAUAAAGCAGAAUGUUUGGUAUGAAAAUUACCAGUUCGUAUCAAGGGCUGCAGUCGGCCUUAAAACGUCGAGGGGUUUAGAAGCAAACGUAGCCGAGUUGUGUAAAUAAGUAUCGAUUAAAUAAUUGAAAAGAUA